AUGACUAGCUUAGCUAACAAUAUAAGAACCAGAGGUUCAUAUAAAGGUAAGUUAACAAUUUUAGAGAGCUUUGUAAAUUUAUUAAAAAAUGCUACACCAGCUAGCAAACCUGAAAUGUCAGAAGUUCAAUUGAGAUAUGACUCUGGUAGCAAUCUGUUAGCUGAAUUUGAAGAGGUCCAACUACAAAUUGAGAUUGCUGUCAGUGAAGAUAAAUUGCAAGAACAAAUUGACGAAAGAGAUGCUUUCGAAAACAGGUAUUUUAAAGCAAUUAGUUUUUUAAAAGACUACAUUAGCACCAAUACUGUAAUUAAUACAUUGCCUUCUAUUUCUACACCACAUGCAGACUCGUUAAAUCAUAUUUUAAUCCCAAAAAUGAAAUCAAAUAUUUUUAAAGGAGACUUUCAACAUUGGCUUGAGUUCAAAACGACAUUUAUUAGUGUAGUUCAUUCAAAUACCACACUUCCAGAUAUUCAUAAAUUUCAACUUUUGAGACAAUCUGUCGAUGGAUAUGCCAAAGCCAAACGCAUUGUUGACAAAGUUGAAUUCUCGGGAAAUUAUUAUCAGACCGCUUGGGAUGCACUCUGUAUGCGGUAUGAUAAUAAAAAGUUAUUAGUUAAUAAACAUAUUAAAGCUAUUUUUAAUUUAGAUUCGAUCCAAAAAGAAUCACCUAACCAUUUAAGGGAUUUAUUAGACAGUGUCUCGGAUAGUAUGUCAUCCAUUGACAGUUUAAAAAUUACAAAAAGUAGUUUAUCUGACCUUUUGUUGAUUUAUAUUAUUUCCAAUAAACUAGAUAGACAAACUUAUAGAGAAUGGAAGGAAUGCCAUAUUAAAGAAGAGCUUCCUACUUUGGCAGAGUUUUUUAAUUUUCUAAAAGUAAAAGUAGACACUUUGGAAGAGAUUCAAGACCAAAGUAGUCAAAAACCUAAUAAUAAUUAUAAUAAUAAUUCUAGUUUUAAUAAUUAUAAACAUGCAAACCGUGAUAGUCGAGGUGAGUAUCAAAAAAGAGUAUUCCAAGUUAAUGCAGCAGAUAGGACUUGCGUUUUGUGUAAAGGUAACCAUUUAAUAUACUCAUGCAUCGAAUUCCUUAAAUUAGAUACAAAAGAACAUUUAUACCAAAUAGACAUUACCAAGAAAAAUAGUGCAAUGCGGCAAUAUAGCGUCUGUUACUUCCCUGUGCUUUGUAUUCGAACACCCAAAGGUGGAGAUAUGAAGUUACUAUAG